AUGUCAUCAGAGAAAGAGAUUUCCGAAAAGCCAACUGCUGAUACUACCACCACCAUUGGCGAUUCUACAACUAAAAAUGUGGAGGUGGAUACAAAAUCUGAAAGUACAAAUGGCGAAGAAGAGGAUUUAGAUGAUUUAGAUGAUUUAUUAGAUGAUUUUGCUGAUGAUGUUUUGAGCAAACCCCCAGGAGCUUCUGUUGUUUCAAACGAUAAGCAACAAUCAACAACAAAUAACACACCCAACACUGCUCAACCAACUGAUCCACUUGACACUGAUUUCCAACAAUCAAUUAGUGAAUUGAUCAAGGAUUUAAAGAUUGAAAACCCAGAGGCUCAGAAACAAUUUGAAGAAUUGGUUAAAGAAUUUGAAAACAACCACAGGGAAUCUGUAGAAGCUGAAGAGAAGAAACCGGGCAAUUUCGAAUACGUCAUGAAGGAAACCAUGGAAAGAUUAAAGAAACUGGGUAACGAUAUUGAUGCAAAGCUUAAGAAUGAUCCAAUGGGAUCAAACCCAGAAGAUUUAUUGACACAAUUAUUGGCUGGUAUGGGUGGUGGCGACGGUUUAGGUGGAGGAGACAUGGAUAUGAGUAAAUUAUUGGUAGAUAUGUUGGAACAAUUGAGUUCAAAAGAAGUUUUGUAUGAACCAAUUAAAGAUUUAAACACCAAAUUCCCAGAGUAUUUGGAGAAGAACAAAGAAACACUCGAUGAUGUCAAAUUCAAGAAUUACACCAAACAAUAUGAAAUAACCAAUGAUAUCGUUAGCAUUUUUGAACACGAGAGUUACAGUGAUGACAAUAAAACACAAAGAGAACAAGUUAAUACAUUAUUGGAAUCUUUACAAGAAUUGGGCCAGCCACCUAGUGAAUUGGUUGGUGAUGCUGGAGAUUUCCUUCCUGGUUUCGGAGAUGGAAAAGGUGGUAAUGGAGCAGAUGCCUUUGGAUUUAACGAUAAGGACUUACCGCCGGAUUUUGAAAAAAAUUUACAAGAAGGUUGUCAACAGCAAUGA